AUGUCCCAGCUGGCAGAACUGCUUCCAGAUUCUUCUCCAGCUGUCAAUAUUUGUAGGUACACCACCACACACCUACUGACCUUUGGAUUAAAUCAUAAUGUUCGGAAAUCUGUGCUUUCAUUUACACAAACUGUCUGGCCAGCAACUACUACAGAGGAUUACGAAUCUUACUACCGGAAGCGAAUGGAGUUGGCUGUGAAUGACAAUUGUCUUAUGGGGAGAAUGAGUGAUCAUUCCAAAAACCCUCCAGAGACAUAUCUUGGACUUGCUACAUACUGGUCACCCUGGUACUACACAGAUGAAAUAGAACGCACUAGGCUACUUGUAGUGGCCUAA